UUUUAUUAAUGGUACUUUUAUUUGCAAUAUUAGAAUUCUUUAUUUGUCUUAAUUAUUAUCUAUUUAUUUGGAAAAAAUGUUAUUUUGCAACAAUUUCCUUUUGAUUAACACCUCAUAAAUAGUUGGAAAACCGACAUUAGAUCACUUGACCAUCUAUUUAUGUAUAUUGCGGAAGAUAGUUUAGUUACAUUGUUAAUAAUGAAUAGUUACAUGUGUUUCAAGGAAAAAUGCUUGCAAAACAAGCAAAGUAAAUCACCUAAGGACAACGUAAACACAACAACACCCUUUUCUUUUCUCAGCGAUAAAAUUAGAAUUCUUAUUUUGUCUUAAUUAUUAUCCAUUUAUUUGGAAAAAAAAUGUUAUUCCGUUAAGAUCAUAGACCUCUUGAUUCUUGAUUACUCAAUCAUUGCAAUUUUCAGAAAUAAUGGUGAAGACGCCAGUUGAAUUUAAAUGCAAAGGAACCACAAGGAAGUCUCCUAAAAAUCAGAAAAGAUCAUUCUCUUCAACAUAGUUACAACAUCAAAUUUCUGAACAUAAUCUCUUCACUAAGACCAUAAAAUAAAUUGCAACUUUUUCAUAAUAACACAUAUCAACCCGGCGCGUAGCGCCGGCACACUACUAGUAAUACUUUAAAAUAAACAUUCAAUGUAUUAUUAAUUAAAUGUAGCUUGUUUUUACAUGAAAACUAUUUUAGUUAUUUUCUUUUUGACAUCAAACUCUCUAACCGAACCACAGGGUUUGACUAGGUCUAACUAGAACAAAAAAAAAUGCGCCAAGUCUUCUUGCUCACGGUUCGUCGUCUCCGGUCAUCGUGACUAAUCGUGGCAACUUCAAAUCCGACUCUUCGCGACUGAGCUAUUGUAUUUAUACGCAUCGCACCUGAAAAGUUCUCUCUUUUCACUCACCUCCUGCAUGAGCCUCACCCAUGGAGAUCUCUCCAACCCCAACAACCGUCUACUUAGCUUACGCAACGCCUGCCGAAAAGCUCCCACCUUUACGAGAACCAAAGCUCUCCACGCGCUUUCCAUCACGUUAUGGUACACCCUUUAUCAGCCCGUUUACAUCUGCAACAACGUCAUCUCUCUUUACACGGAGCUCGGCGAGAUAUCACGUGCAGCCAAGGUGUUCGAUAGAAUGCCUGAGAGAAACACAGCUUCCUUCAACACGGUCAUUAGCGGGUUUAGCAGAUCCGGGCACGCGGAGAAAGCUUGGCGCUUGUUUUCUGAGAUGAGGGAGUCUGGGUUUUCGCCGAGUCAGUUCACAGUUGGUGGUUUAUUGUCUUGUCCGUCGUUGGAUGUUCGUGUUGGAACUCAGUUGCAUUGUUUGAGCUUGAAGUAUGGUUUGUUUACGGCGGAUGCAUAUGUAGGUACUAAGCUGUUGUGUUUGUAUGGGAGGUUUGAGUUAAUGGAAAAGGCGGAACGGGUGUUUGAAGAUAUGCCGUUGAAGAGCUUGGUGACGUGGAACCAUAUGAUGUCUUUGUUGGGGCGUGGUGGGUUUUUAAAAGAAUGUAUGUUUCUCUUCCGUGAGCUUGUUGCGACAGGGGAGUGUUUAUCUGAAAGCUCUUUCUUGGGCGCUCUGUCAAGUGUUAAUGACUUGGAAACUAUUAGACAGUUGCAUUCCUCAGCAAUGAAAAUAGGGUUAGAUUGUGAAACUUACAUCGUUAACUCUCUUAUCAGCGCGUAUGGAAGAUGCGGCGACACAGAUAUGGCAGAGAGAGUUUUUGAGGAGGCAGCUUCAUGGGAUGUAGUGUCAUGGAACGCUAUAAUUGGUGCAACGAACCCGUUAAAAGCACUCAAACUCUUUGUAAGUAUGCAACAGCAUGUGUUUUCCCCGAACCAAGGUACAUACGUUAGUGUUCUUAGCGCCUCUUCUCACACGCAGACGUUGAGUUUCGGACGCCAGAUUCAUGGCACACUGAUCAAGAAUGGCUGCGAGACUGACAUAUACUUGGGGAACGCAUUGAUAAACUUUUAUGCUAAAUGUGGUAGUCUCGAAGAUUCACGCCUAUGUUUCGAUUCUAUACGUGACAAGAACGUUGUUUGUUGGAACACACUGCUUUGGGGUUACGCCAAUAGAGACGAUCCAGUCACUCUCUCGUUGUUUCUCCAAAUGCUUCAAAUGGGUUUCAAGCCAACUGAAUAUACUCUCUCCACAGCUCUCAAACCCUGUUGCGCCAUAGAGAUACAACAGCUGCACUCCGUUAUUGUGAGAAUGGGAUAUGAAGAUAACGACUAUGUCUUAACCUCUCUUAUGAGAUCCUACGCCAAGAAUCAGCUGAUGAACGACGCUCUUCUUCUGCUGGACUGGUCUAGCGAGCCGUCUUCUGUAGUCCAAUUGAACAUUGCCGCUGGAAUAUACAGCAGAACAGGGCAGUACGAUGAAUCGGUGACGCUGAUCUCGAUGCUAGAGCAACCCGACACUGUAUCUUGGAACAUUGCUAUUGCAGCUUGGUCUCGUUCUGAUAAUACACACAGAGAGGCUACAGAGAUUUUCAAACACAUACUCCAAACAAACAUCCGCCCUGAUAACUUCACAUACGUUAGCAUCUUAAGCAUUUGCUCCAAGUCCUGCGACUUAACGCUCGGAAGCUCUAUACACGGCCUAAUCACAAAAACAGAUUUCAGCCGCGCCGACACGUUUGUAUGCAACGUGUUGAUCGACAUGUAUGGGAAAUGCGGAAGCAUUACGAGUGCAAUCAGAGUGUUUGAAGAAACAAGAGAGAAGAACGUCAUUACAUGGACGGCGUUGAUCUCUUCUCUUGGCAUUCAUGGAUAUGGACAUGAAGCGUUUGAGAAGUUUAAGGAAAUGGUGUCUCUGGGUUUUAAGCCAGACUGCGUCUCUUUCAUCUCUAUCCUAACUGCUUGCAGACAUAGGGGUAUGGUAAACCAAGGAAUGGAGUUGUUUCGGAAGAUGAAGGAUGAUUAUGGAGUAGAACCAGAUAUGGAUCAUUAUUGUUGCGCCGUUGAUCUUUUGGCUAGAAACGGGUACGUGAGGGAAGCUGAGCAGCUGAUUUCUAGAAUGCCUUUCUCUGCAGAUGCUAGUAUAUUGCGUGCUAUUCUUGAUGGUUGGAAUAGAUCUGCAGAAGAAAAGCGAAGCACUCUCAAUUUCGUCUCUGCACAGUAGUUUCAGAAAAUUUCAGGAGAAUUUGUCUUUAUUUUUCUCUAGUUGUUUCUCCUGCAAUUCACAUGUUGCGUAAUGUGUAUGGUCAUGGUUCUAAAAUCGGUGCAGACGGCAAAAUUAUAACUCAACCGAAGAUAAUAAUUUUCUUAAAAUUCAAUUUAUACGAUGCAAAUCGGUUUAAACCGUUGUAAA